AUGGUGAUGUGGUGGAGCAUACGCGGAAGAGAAGUUGGUGUUGAGUUAGUGAGUGGUGAGGGAAAUCUGGUAACGAAAACUCAAAAGGGGUCUUGGAAAGCAUCGAGAACCAAAGAUGAUGGUGAUGUGAGGAAUUGGAUGCAUGUAUAUAAAAAGUGUGUGGAGAAGGAAGAGGAAGUAACUAUUUGGGGCAAAGUAGGAAAAGGAUUGCUGAACCCAACCUUGCCAGCUCCAUGUGUGAAUUCAGAUGUAAAAAGACAUGAAAAAACACAAGAUAAAAUCUCUCUUCACGAUA